GUGGAUUGUUAUCUAAGGGUAACCAAUCAUAGACAAAGACGUUCUCCUCAAGUUUUGUGUAGUAGCAGCGACGAUGCUAAGACCAGAUGAUCAAGCUUCGUUUGACACUUCUAGGCAGACGAAUAUGGGCUUCCUUUGUCGCCGGUGGUGACGAGCGUGGCAGUUUGAUUAUUGUUAAGGGUUUCGAUAACUUGUGUGAGUCUUUGGAAUCUGAGGAUAUGAGUUUGGUUAGUGGUAAAGUCCAUGAUGAAGAAGAUCAUACUGUAAAAGAGGAGAUUACUUCUACAGAUUCUGUGCGUGAGGAACAUGAUGAUGAUCUGACUGCUGCAUAUGGUAGAGAUUUAGAGUCGGUAGGUAAGGAAACAUCAGAGCCACUUGUGGAUAUUGUUUCUGCAAGUGAGUUUUGCAGCCAAGGAUCUUCAGGAGAACGUGUCAUGGGGGUUGAUAGGUCUGGAGAACAGCUCUUGGAUGAUGCACAUUCCAGUGUAACAAAUGUUCAUAGCUAUCAAGGAUAUAGGUUUGAUGGCUACAUUUCCACAGAUUCUGACGAGGAAGCAGACACCAAUAUUGUAGAUGAGGAGGAGUUUGAUACUGCAGCUUUGGCUACGUUUUUAAAGGCGGCCACUGGUGGAACUUCAGAUGAUCUUCAUUCUACCAUAACAUCUCAAGAUGGAACAGAACCUCCAGCUGGAUUGGGCUCAUCUUUAAGACUUGUGAGAUCACGUCUAAAUCGCACCAACAUGUUCCCCAGUCUAAAAGUCGGAAUGGACGGCGGGAGUGAGAGUAACUUGAGCGAGGAAGAGAAACAUAAGCUGGAAAAACUGCAAAGUUUGCGUGUGAAAUAUCUGCGUCUUGUGCAUAGGCUGGGGAAGUCAGUGAAAGAUUCAAUAGCAGAGCAGGUUCGUUACAAGCUUUCACUUCUUGCUAAUAGUCAGUCUUCAUUCAGUCUUGACGCUGCAAAGAAGAUGGCUAUGGAUCAGUCUGAAGAAUUAAACUUCUCUCUAAACAUACUGGUCCUUGGAAAGUCCGGUGUGGGAAAAAGUGCCACUAUAAACUCCAUCUUGGGCCAUCAGACUGUAUCCAUUGAUGCGUUUGGACCUUCCACCACUUCAGUCAAAGAAGUUUCUAGAACAGUGGACGGUGGUGUCAAGAUCACAAUCAUCGAUACGCCGGGCUUAAAAACUUCUGCCAUGGAUCAAAUUGGUAAUACCAAAAUGUUGUCCUCCGUGAAGAAGGUAAUGAAGAAGUUCCCACCUGAUAUUGUUCUUUACGUUGAUCGUCUUGAUGAUGCUCAGAACAAUCUUCCUUUGCUAAGAACAAUCACUGAUUCUCUUGGUCCAUCCAUAUGGGAGAACGCCAUAGUGAUACUGACUCAUUCUGCUUCAGCUCCUCCCGAUGACCCAUCCGGCACUCCUUUGAAGUAUGAGGAGUUUGUAUCGGCACGCUCCUACAUUGUUCAGCGUUCGAUUUCACAAGCCGUUGGUUUGGUUUACACGCCUCCAGUUUAUCUAGUUGAGAAUCAUCUUUUGUGCAGGAAGAACCGAGCAGGGGAAAAAGUUCUCCCAAACGGCCAAGUUUGGAAAUCUGAGCUGAUGCUUUUGUGCUACUCUAUCAAAGUUUUGUCCGAAGCAGUUUAUCUGAUGAAGCCUCGAGAAGAACCGCCACUGAACUACCGCAACGUUUUUGGAUCUCUUUGGCCCAAGCUGUCUCUCCCUAGCUUGUUGUCUUGGCUGUUGCCGUCCCGUUCACAUCCUUCAGACCAAGGUGGUGAAGUUGAUGAUGUGUCUGACUCUGAGGAUGAGGAUGAGUAUGACCAGCUUCCACCGUUUCAGCCUAUCCGGAGAACUCAGCUUACAAAACUCUCAAAGGAACUGAGAAAGGCGUAUUUCGAGGAGUAUGAUUACCGUGUAAAGCUCCUGCAGAAGAAGCAAUGGAGAGAGGGCUUGAAGAAAUAUGGAAAGAAGAGUACUGUAUAUGGAGAAGAAGUGGAUCCAGAGAACAAUGGGGCUCCAGUUACAUUACCAGAUAUGGUAUUGCCACCUUCAUUUGACAGUGAUAACUCAGCUUAUCGUUACCGCUCUCUAGAAUCCACUUCACAGUUCGUUACCAGGUCAGUGUUGGAUACUCAAGUCUGGGACCAUGAUUGUGGAUAUGACUGUGUCAUUGCAGAACAUAGUCUGGCCAUAGCUAAACGUUUUCCUGUUGCAAUCACCGUUCAAAUGACUAAGGACAAGGAAGAGUUCGAUAUCCAUCUGGACUCUUCUGUUUGUGCUAAGCACGGGGGCAAUGGUUCCACCAUGGCAGGGCUCACUGUCCGGAGUGUAAGUAAUCAGCUUAUGUACGUGGUCGUUGGGGAUACCAAAUUCAAUAACUUUAGGAAGAACAAGACGACUCUUGGAGGGUCUGUGACAUUCUUUGGUGAGGAUGUUGCGAUUGGUGUCAAACUCGAGGACCAGAUCACGCUCGGGAAAAGGAUCGUCCUAGCUGGAAACGCAGGGACCGUGCAGUCGCGGGAAGAGUCAGCUUACGAAGCAAACGUCGAGGUGAGGCUUAGAGAAGAUGAUUUCCCAAUAGGUCAAAACCAAUCUGCUUUGGGGCUGUCUCUAACCAAGUCUAAAGAAGAAGAUCUAACCCUCUCAGCGAAUCUCCGGUCUCAAGUCUCUAUAGGAAGACAAACGAAUGUAGCAGCUUUUGCAAGUCUUGAUACCAAGAGGACCGGACGUUUCGCAGUCAGAACCAGCAGCUCAGAUCAGUUGCAGAUAGCCUUCAUGGCCAUUUUUCCUCUUGCCAUGUCCAUCUACAAGAGGGUUGUUGGAUCAGGAGACAACUGAGAAAGACCUUUAAGAGACUAUAUAUAUAUACAUGAUAAUCUUGUGCGUUAAGUAAUCUUCUUGUUCUGUUGAGAUGAUUUACAUGGUAUU